AUCUGAAUCUGGCCUUUGUCAGGGAGCUGGGGGAAGCUUCGAGUUUUGAAACUAAUUGACUUGAUAGACCUCAGCUCGCCACCGGGUUGCAUUCGCUCUUUAUCUCUUGACCUUUCCUUGAGGUUGUUCCACGUUCAGAAAUCCGGUGAUCUGUCUGGUACAGUCAAGUUAACCAACCAUGGCGAACCGCCAACUGACUCGGCGUAUCUUUGCCGCUGGUGCGAUCGCCAUCUUCCUCCUUUUCAUCCUGUUCAUCCAGCCGAAUGGCCCGCCGAGCCCGGCUGUGCGUGCCCCGGGGCAUAUUGAUAAAUCGGCACCGAGCCUGGUCAAGGAAGACAUGUUGAAGGGGGAGGUGGUGAUGCCAAAGCUAGGGAAUGAGACGGCAAAAGCCGAGCUCGGUCGUUCUACCUGGAAAUUCCUCCAUACCAUGAUGGCCCGGUAUCCUGAGGAGCCUACGGAAGAGCAGCAGGAGACGCUGCGGUCUUUCAUCUACCUGUUCUCACGACUUUACCCAUGUGGCGAAUGCGUCUCGUCGCGCAAUGCAGCGGCAGGGUGGGCCUGUUUCAUCCACAACGAAGUCAACACGAUGCUUAAGAAGCCUCUAUUUGACUGCAACAAUAUCGGAGACUUUUACGACUGCGGUUGUGGAGAUGAGGGCGCAAAGAAGGGUGAUCUUCUCGCCAAGAGCAGCACCCUGGAGGAGGAAACGCCGCUCAAAGCGGAUAUCUCUUCAGAUGUGGAAAUCUCCAAGGAGGCGACCACGCGGGGUUGAUACACCUGAAACGAACCGUUUACUUCUUUUCUCCCAUCAGUCUUUACUUUUUCUUUCUCUGUCCAUAUUAGAGCAUGUUCCGUUACCGUCAACGCGGGUUCGUUGUCUGUCGAGCGGGCUCAGCUGUACUAUAGAGCGACUCAAUCCUAUCUUUUCCUUUCCCCCUUUUCAGUAUCAGUCCUAGGCAGCUGAGUCUACGGAGUACUCCAUUGGCUUGAAACAGACUACCGCGCGAUGGCUUGAUGCAGAGGGUAUCGAUGGGUCUCGAGUCAUGCACCCAUUCAGCCCACUAGCGAUACUAAU